AAUUAUUUAAACACAAAAAUAAGUGCGGGCGUCAGUUUACCGUGCCGAAGUACAAGAUUUUCACUGGCCGUAUUUUGGAACAUCGGCCAUUCAGCCCCGUUCGACAUUUCGACCUUCCCACUCCCAGGCUCCUCCAGUCCUCCUUCUUUCCCAAAACUUCAAAAAAAUCACCCUCAAAGCUCGUCAGUUCAUCAAUUUCGCAGUCUUUUAUGCAGGAAGGGUGAGAUGAAAAGGGAGAAACAAGUAGAAGAAUUGGACAUCAUUAGUAAUUUACCUGACCAUGUAAUUGCACACAUAAUUUCUUUCCUUCCAACAGCAGAGGCAAUUAGAACUAGUAUUUUUUCUUCGAGGUGGAAGUACCUCUGGAAAGGCAUUACUAGUAUUCGAAUAGAGGGUCGUGAAUCUAAUCCUGAUAGAUUUGCAAACCUUGUGGAGCAUGUACUUGACAAUUGUAAAUCCACAAACUUUCUUUCAGUUGAGCUUUCAUGUCCAGAUAAAAUAGGCUUAUCACGUAUUAAUGCGUGGAUUUCUGCCGCUCUUAGCUGUGAAAUCGAAAAGCUAGUCCUCUACUUCCAUAAGUAUUUUUUAGAUAGAUCAAAACCUCCCCUGCCAGAAUGCGUUCUUGAUUGCAGCACGUUAAUAGUGCUUAAGCUUGAUUCAUAUUUUGAUCUUCGCAUACCUGAGUCACUAGUUUGUUUUCCUCAUCUCAAGUCACUUGAUUUCAAUGUCAUACUUCCUAGUCAGGAUAGGGUUAUGCAUCAGCUUUUUUCGUACUGUUCAGUGUUGGAAGAACUGUCCCUCUCUGGCCUCCUAGAUUCUGGCAAGGUUCGAAAAAUCAAUAUAUGCAUUCCCACUCUUAAAAAACUAAGGCUGUGUCUAGAGUAUAGUAAAGAAGGUGAGUAUGAUGUUCUCAUCGAUACACCAAAUCUCGAAUACCUAUACAUACAGGAUGACUCGUUUUCUCGAUUUGUGGUGAAAAAUCUAUCACGUCUCCAUCAUGUUGAGAUCAUGUAUGAAGCUGUAUGUAUUGAAUCUGUAGAGCCUAAGCAUAUAAAUAGCCUUCUUGAGCUUUUGAAGGGGAUUGCUGCUACUGAUGUGAUGACAUUGCAUUUCCCCACUUCAUCUGUUCUCGGAUUAGCUCUCAGCCAUACCUGGCCCACAUUUUCAAAUUUGAGGAUGUUAGAAAUAAAUUUAACUGAUGAGACGGGUUGGACCUGUUUCCCAAGAGUGCUCCAUUCUGCCCCGAAUUUGAAAGUUCUUAUUGUGGAUUUGACAACGAUGAAUUGGGACCUUGAUGAGCGUGAACCAUGCAUGUGGACUCCACCAGAUAGCGUUCCUAUUUGUUUGUUAGAAAACCUCCAGAUAAUUGGAGUCAAAAGGUAUGUAGGAUUCGAUGAUGAAUUCCAUGCACUAGAAUACUUAUUGGAAAAUGCUCAAGUGUUGGAACGUAUGAUGAUUGAUCCAUAUCCCCCUGAAGAAUCGGUGAAUGAGUUAUUGAUGUGUCCAAGAGCUCCAGGGACUUGUAAUGUUGAGUUCUAUAAGAAAAUCUUCUUUAAGACUUCGCCAAAGAUCACCGUAUGGGGCAUUUAAGCCUAAUAAUUGCUGCUAAGCAGACGCAGUCACUGAAUGAGCGCUUGCUGAGAACUCUACUAUGUUGAGGAAUUGUUACAGAAAUUGGAAGCUUACUAUAGAGGAUUCAUCAAAGACAAGAUUUAGUUGGGAUUACUUGGGAUGCUUUUGUUCACUUUGUGCUCUAUAUUUUUCUGGAACUUGCGGGUGAAUGGUUGAUUAGUUGCAUGUCCAUUGAUCAAUCAGAUAACCCUUCCAUUAUUUAUUCGUAUUUCCAUUGAACUAUCCCAGAAUUCCAGCUGAGAAUGUCUUAGUUUAUUAAAACACUGGGUUAUGUUAGGGACAUUACGGUUGUCAUUCACAACAGGACAACGGUAAAGAUUGCUUUAGCUCCUUUCUGGGUUGUGGCUUGUUUGACAAUUAGUUGUUAGCUGUUUUGACUCGCUGA